AUUAAAUAAUUUUGAGCAUUGUGAAUAAUUGUGAGCGAUUGUGUUUAAUAUUAAACGUGCCCAAUGUGGUUUUAUUAAAAUAUUUUACAUUGUGCUUACUAAACCGUGAUAUAAAUCGUUAUUGGGUAUAAAUGUCAGGCGGGCGGCUCGUGGUGUUAGACCGCGCGGGUCGCGAUGUUAAGCAGUAUCCCCUGUCCGAGGGCUUGGCCACCCUGGGUACAGAUCCGGCGUGCGAUAUACGUGUGAUGCUGCCAACUGUUAGCCCACACCAUGCUACCGUUGUUGUGCAUGCUAACCAGACGGUAGUGCAAAGCGUCUCGGAGGGUGAGACGCUGGUGAACGGUGCAGCGGUGAGCGUGGCUGCGCUGCGGCACGGUGAUGUGAUCUCGCUCGGCGGCCGGCACCUGCGCUGGGAGUACGCGGACCCGGGGCGGCGACGACCCGGCACGCACUCGGCACAGCCCGCACUAUGUCGCGCCGGUCGAGGCAGGUCGCGGCGGGUUCGACCCAGCGAACCGACAGCGACUAAUGUGAUAGUACACUCUCAUAGAGCGUCUAUGCCCGCUUCAACUAGCAUGAAGCAAGUGGCCAUCGUCCAGCCGCAGAGGAGAGAAACUGGCAGUAACAAUGGUGAUAAAACCCCACAAAACUGGACGCCAGCGAAUAGUGAUCUAUCUAGCGCGCAUUCCACGCCAGAACCGACAAGGAAAUCCACUCGUCCGAGUCCUAAGAGCCCGCAAGCGAGUACAACAAAAGCAUCGCAAUGGAUAGAGCUGCGCAAGAGCACGCGGGCGUCGCUCACACCGGCGCGAACACGCAACUCGCCGGCCGCACUCACACCGACGCGAGCUCGGACAACAAACUCGAACUUCGACACCAGCGUUACACCGAGGCCGCAAAGUUCAAGAGCGUCGAUCACACCGAAGCAAAGUUCAAGAGCUUCGAUCACACCGAAGCCGCAAAGUGCCAGGGCGUCUAUCACACCGGCGCGUACAAGAGCAACGAUCACACAGAUUGAUUCAAGCCAAGAGACUAUCACACCGCAAAGUGCAAGGUCGUCGCUCACACAGUCGAACAAACGAGAAACAAUUACCCCUCGACGGGCGACACUCACACCGCAAAACCGUUCAGUGAGGUCCCGACCAUUGCUCACACCGCAGAAUCGUUCCGUAAGAAACACCCGGCCGUCUCUCACACCGAUACAGAGUAGGUCGUUGCGAGUUACGCGGCCGUCACUCACAACGUCGCGAGCGAAUGAACGUAAAGACACAUCGUUGAGACUGACUGUGUUAAGGAAGACACACAAUCGACCAGUUAAAAUUGAAGCUCCUACAUCUAUAGAUCACACGAAGCAAGCGGCGAUUAUGCUCAUGACCCGUCACACAAAAUCUAAAUCGCCUAACACGAGUAAAGUGUCGAUUGUCGUGACGAAACCGACCCCAGUGAGGAAAACACCCCGUAGUAGUAGAGGCAGUAAUAUUGUUAUCACGCCGAAGAGAUCUAGUAAUUAUUCGCAGGGCUCAAGAAAAAGCGCUAAUCGGAACUCUAGCGUUUCCGUUUUAGAAAUAAACGACUCGGACGUAUCCACGCAAAGAAGGAGUUCGUCGCGUCGUUCCAAAGCGUCUAUAUCUGAGAGAUCUCCACCGCUACCGAGCCCAAAGAAAUCGGCGCUGAAAAACCCAAAGAACCAUAACAGAAAGACUGAAUCCAUCAAAUUUGACUUGAGCAAUUUGGAAAACGAGACACGACAGUCCGAUAUCGUCACGAUCGACACGACAAAUAUGUCGAACGAAAGCGUUUCGGAUGUUAGUUUGCAUUACUCAGACACGAGUCUAUCAUCGCCGUCGCCGCGAAGAUCAAUCCAUUCUAGGAGUAGUCGUAUCAUUGAGAACGCAGUGGGCAGUCCAAUGAACCAAUCUAUUGAACAGAACGAUGAAACAAUAACUCCUGAAUCACCGCGCUCAAGAAACUCGUCAAGAAGUUCUCUUAUAAUGCAGAAGGCGUUAGAGCAAUCGAAUGUGUCGAGAUUAUCGCGUAGAUUUACUAAAACUGUUUCCGAACAGAGUUGGAGUACCACAGUAGCUAAUCAGACAAAAACUUUGAGCCCGCGCACGUCGAAUGUCGAAUCUUAUUCUAUAGUGGAUUUAGUGUCGGUCGAUUCGAAUGGAGUUUCUGAAUAUAAUUCGGUAGCCUCCACACCAACCUUUGGUACUCCGCGUAGCAGUAGUAGAAUUUCCAAAUCUAUAGACCCCACUAUGACGUCUAGCACGCCAUAUAAUAGAGCGCCUCCAACGAAAACGCCUCUAUCCGAUUCUAAAGCCUCAGUACAAUCUGCAUCUAUGAUUACUCCUGAAAAUGACGAGAACUUUAGACCGUUUAAUAGCACGCGCAAAUCUAGAGCAUCUCGUAGUCGAUCUAGAAUUAACGAUAGUGACUUAUUAUUAUUGGAUGAUGAUGAUUCCCCAAGAACAUCUAGGAGGACGUCGAAAACAACGGCUAGUCCUUUCGUGCCUAAAAGUUUGUCCGUCAAUAUAUCGUCGAAUCAAGACGGGACAAUCACACCAGAAAAUGAGCCAAACAAUGAAGAAUGUACUACUCCUGUGUUAAGUAUACAGAGUCUUUUGGAUUCCAGUCAAGGAUCGAUUGCUUCCCAGUCAUAUAGUAAAAAAGGAAUUAAAAUCAAUGUUAAGAGAAAAACUAUAGGCGUAAUUCGUUCUAGACGUAAGCAGAGCGAUGUGAAAUCAAAAUCAUUUACUAUAAGAAGAACUGCAAGAAGAAAUCAAGAUGAAAGUGGAAUAGUCACACCGACAAGCGCCUUUAUACCUGAACCGGAAGGAGUGAAGAAUAAGCAUUCAACUGCAAAGAAACCACUAUCCAAACGCUCUAUAAUAGAUAAUUUGAACGAUUCGGACAUAGUUAAACAAUUAUUCAACAGUCCAGUGAAAAGGAAACUGUCACAAAGCAUGACAGAGUUUUCGAGACAUCAGUUGUUCGAUGAUGACUACGAUAUACCGAGAAAACAGACGAGACAGACUACGGCGUUAACGGGCAGGACUCCAGAUAACUCUAUCAUGAACCAAACGCAGAAUGUCACAGCCGAUGUUUUCGUCAGUCCCCUAACAACACCAAGUAGCAGCCCUAAUUUAGAAGGCAUCAAGCGAUUAUUCGCAAAAAAUACUCCAGAAAAUGACUUGCGUAACGUUCGUGGCGUUAAAGGGUUGCUCCGAACACCGCGAAACAGAAGAUCUGUUAAGAACGAUUUGACAAACGUAUCGGGGGUUAAAGCUACAUUUGCUAAAGCGCCAAGAAAUAGCCUGAGCGACGUUAGAAUUAAAGAAUUAUUUAUGCAAUCACCAAGAAAUGACUUACGUCGAGUGUCCGCGGUAAAAACUGUGUUCAAAUCAACGAGAAAGCAAAGAUCGCCAAAGAACACAUUAGAAGACGUGGGUGGAAUUAAAAAUCUAUUCAAAAGCAGUCCUCGCAACGAUUUGAGGAACGCUUCUGGCGUGAAGGAUGCUUUACAAAUACGUUCACCUAAAAACGACUUGACUGACGUACGCGGUGUUAAACGAAUGUUUAGGCUUGAGAAACAGAAGUAUCAGAGUGACGUCAGUGGAAUAGAGCAAUUAUUCCAUGAAAGUAACUUGGAUACUACAUUCGAUUUGUUAAUGGGUAAACCGCCAUUACGUACAUAUACUAAAGCGGCGAGCGGUCAAAAGCCAAAGCCGAAGGUAAAUACGCGUAAAGCGAAAUCUUUGCACGAUUCGAUAGAGUUGAUUACGACGAAUGUUGAAGAAUGGUUGGAAAAUCAGAAACCGAAGCAACUACAAGUAUACAGUGAACACACUUUACCGAUUAAGAAGCGAUCUCUAGUGAAUAAGAGUAAUAAUGAGAGUAAAGCAAGGUUGCCGAUAAAGAAAAGGGUCGUGCAUUCGACUCCAAUGAAGGGACAGAACGCAACUAUGAAUGCGUCAGAGUUGGGACGCGUUUCUCCCAUAGCUCUACUUGCUGACGCUACUGCCGGUACAUCCCAAAUGGCAGAAGCGACAACAGUAGUGGCUCAACCAGAGCCAAAGAAACGAAGAACCAAAGCCAAUAAUACCAAAAUCGAGAGCCCGAAAAAUCUCUCUCCUAGAAAAGCUCGCGGCAGUAAAUUACAAGCUUUAUCGAAAAUUAAAAAAGAACCUAAAUCAAAAAUAGUCAAAGAGAAAAUAACAAAACAAACAAAUAUUCAAGAUACUGAGGUAGAAAAUGUUCAACCUUCUCCAACUAAAGAAACGCCUGAAACAAAAUUACCACCAAGAAGAACGAGAGGCAAAGCUAAAUUAACUCCAGUAAAAGCAAAGGCUUCCAAAGCUAGACAGUCUAUCCCCAAUACUAUAAAUCGAAGACAAUCACUUGUAAUAACUAAAAAAGCUCCAAUUGCCAAACCACAGAAACAGACUAGAAACUCAACUAAACAGGAUUUAGAUGCCGUAGAACCUACAACUACAAGAAGACAGAAAUCUAAAGUUACAGUAGUAAUACCUAAGCCAUCUCCUGUAAGACGCACUAGGCGUAAAGCUGAUGAAGUUGUAAUCGAAGAAAAACCAAAGAGAGGUCGAAAAGUGGUUGAAAUAGUUGAAGAGAAACCUAAACGAGGAAAGAAAGUACAAAUUGAAGAACCGAAAGAAGCUAAAAACGCAAAAACAAAUAAAACACAAGAGCUUCCAGAAGUAGAAACCACAAAACGCACUAGACGAGGUGCUAAAGUCGAAGAAAUAGAAAUACCGAAACGUGGUAAGAAACAACCUGAAAGUGAAGUUAAUGAAACUGUAGAACCUGUAAAACGUGGACGCAAAAAUGUACAAAUAGAAGCUAUUAUCGAAGAAAAACCAAAACGCGGUAGAGCAGCUAAUAAAUCAAAUGUAACAGAGAAAAAAAUUAAUAAAAAGGCAGAAGAAACAGAUGUAAAAGCAGAAGAAACAGUUGUUGAGCCUAAAAGAUCGCGUAGGAAUAAUACAACUGUAAUUCCUGCUGUAGAAAAUGUUAAGCCUAAAGGGAAAAUGUUAGUGAAAAGUCAAAGUGCAGAUGAAGUACAACCAAAGAGAACUCGCAGGAAUCAAGCUAAUAAGAGUGAGGAGAAAAUAGAAGAACCGGUUGUAAAGAGACCUACGAGAGGAAAGAAGGCUCAAGCUGAAAGUGUUCCGCCUACAGAAGGCCGUAAGAGGAAAACCAUCGCGUCACCGGCUAAAGAAACAGGAGGCAGGGCUAAAAAGUUAAAAGUAACAGUGAACAGUCCAGCCAAGCGACAGACAAGAAACAAAGUUGUUCAAGAUUCUCAACAGAACACGCGCACUCGCAGACGGGGCGUUUGUUCUUGACCUCGACAAGUACAAAUUUAUUAUUUAAGAUGCGGAUGGAUGACCGUGUAUGUGUGAAGAGUUAAGACAAUUGCGUUUUAGUUUUUAUUUUAUUUAAUAGUUGUGUUUUAAGUUCUUUGAUGUAUCAUGCUAAGUACAGUCAGCAUAUAACGGUAUUGUUUUUAUAUAUAUGUAUUACUUUUCAUAAUAAGUAUUUUACUGUUUCAUUCUAAUUUUAUAUCAUUACAAUUAUUUUUCCUUUUCAUUUCUUUACUAGUUAUUAUUCAUUUUAUUUUUCUAAUAAAUAUUUAUCUAUUCGUUAAUAAUUGAAUAAAUAACAUUGAUAAGAAGACAAUUUUAUGUUGACUGUACAUUAUUAUUGCUUUUAAUUUUAGAAUAAUUAUGAAGACAUGUUUAGUAAUAUAUUAUAACAUAUGUUUAGAAAUGAAAUGAAAGCUUUCAAAUUUGAUUCAAUUGUUAGGUAUUCUUAUAUGGUGUUUUUAUAUUUGAUCAAUAUAAUCAAUAAAUCCAAAUUUGUGUGUGCUAUUAAUAAUAUCAUAGAAAAUUAGAACUCACAUUUUGUGAGUCAAGUUUUAACGUGCUUUUAAAUUAUGUCUACGAAAAUAAAAAUGUAUUUAAUAGAAAUUGUAUAAUUGUGAUUGUAAUUUCCGCUGUUAUAAUUCGUAAAACUAAAAUAUUGCAUGGUUCUCUAACUUAUCUAUAACUUGAUUAAAUUCAUAAAUUAAGAAAUGUUUGUUGUACACAAAAAUAAACAAAAAUGUAUCGUCUAAUGAUCAUAGGAUUUGUGACCUUUAUGCAAUAAUUUUUCUAAAUCCCAACUAGGCUUUUACUAUUAAAAUAUAGGUAAGUUUGCUAUUGGUAAGUUUAACAAAACGGAAUAAAACAUUUCAGCAUAGAAACAUUUAGCAAUAAUUAUUAAAGUACAAUAUUGCAUUCAUAAAGUAUUUUAAAUUGUUCGUAUACGAAAAAAAUUGUAUUUUUGUAAUUCCCAGUUGCCAAUUCUAUAGAAAAUUAUAUUUGUGUAUGUAGGUGCGUGUAGUGAUUUAAUGUUACUGUACUGUUCUUUGACUAUUUUUAUAGAAAUUGACAUUUUAAAAUAAUAACUUUGGCAAUACAGUUAAAUAUAGUCAAUUAGACACAUAUUUUUAGGUAAUUUUUCAUCAUACAAAACACUAGAAAAUUGUUAUUGGUUAUCAACAUAAUUAUCGGAAACUGUUUAAAAAUUUAAUUUUGCAAAAGACAUUGUGGAUUGUAGACUAAGUUGUUUGAACUUAUUCUUAAAAGCUCGAAUAAAAACACUUUAGAAUCAUGACAUCUGUGGACUUUUGGGAUGUGAAAGAGUUGUAACAGUGUUUUAGUUAAAGUAAUUCUAGUGAGAUAAUUGCUAUUAUAAUAUUGUUAAUUUUGAAAUAAAUCGAUAAUUAUUA